AUGUCUUUCAAUUUCUACUUUAUACAUGUUGCUGUUACUUUGGAUAUGUUCGAAGCGAACUCAUUAAAAACUUUUAAGAGUGUAGCUUUUUCCUCUUCUGUGAACUUUGAAAAUAUUUCUGAAACCGUGUUUCAGAUGUUUUGCUUUGAUCAUUACCCAUUAUUAUUUCAAUACAUGAAG